AUGGCAGCCACUACCCGCUUCCUCGUCGCCGGCGACACGGGCGGCGACCUCGCGCGCCUGUUCGCCCGCGUCGGUGCCGUCAACGCGAAGCACGGCCCGUUCGCCUUCCUGCUCUGCGUCGGCGACUUCCUCGGCGCCGCCGACGCCUCGGCCGCCGCGCUCGCGCCUUACCUGUCAGGCGAUGCGGCUGUGCCGCUGCCGACGUACGUGCUCGCGUCGCGGCCGGGCGAGCCCGACCCUGCGCUCGCGGCGGCCGGUCCCGGCGGCGAGCUCGCGCCGCAGCUCUUCUACCUCGGCAGCGCGGGCGUCGCCGAGCUGUCGGGGCUGCGCGCGAAGCACAGCCCGACCAACUACUGGGACACCAACGCGGUAUGGGUGGACGCGGGACGGGAGGUCGGCCUCGAGGAGGUGGCGGAGCUCGCCGUCAAGCUCCGCCCGCGCUACCACUUUUGCGGCGGCGAGGGCGCCUUCUGGCAGCGGCCCCCGUACCGCCUCGACGCGCGCUCGCACGCCUGCCGCAUGGUCGGUCUGUCUCGUGUCCAGGAGGACAAGAAGCAGACCUGGCUCAAGGCCUUCGGGAUGGCGGCACUCGGCGGCGCCGUCCCAGCCCAGCCAGAGGGAACCACGGACUGCCCGUACCCCUACGCCGCCCUCACCGCUGGCGGAGGAGGAGGCGGCGGGGAGAGGCGAGGCGAGCGCGCGGCCAAGCGGCUGCGCGAGGAGUGGGCGCAGCUGGAUCGCCGCGCAGUGCUGGUCACGAGCGUCGGCGACGAGGCCUACCUCACGAUCGCAAAAGGCAUCCUAAUGAACGAUUAA